AUGGCAUCAUCGAUAAUCACGCCAGCGAAUGCAAGCAAUUUGUCAAAUUUUAUACCAUGUCCACAUACAUUUGUUGCUACAAAAAUAAGACAAAAUCGUACGCAUGAUGGUAGUUUUUCAGACAAUCGGCAACGAACAGUCGUUCCACGUGUGUGUCGUCUCCGAAGGAAUGACAAUACAAUGGCUGUUUAUGCACUUGUUGAUCCAAUUGAUACAAAUAUGAUCGCAUCAGAUGUCUGUGUUAAUAUGCUUGUUGAACAAUUGAGUCAAGUAUCAUUCGAUAACGAUUCAUAUAAGAAAAAAAUUAGUGAUGGUAUGCAACAAAUAUUUUAUGAAACUGAAAAUCGUCUAUUACAAAUGGCAUUUGAUCGUGCCGAAGAAAAAGCAAUAUCGAGUUCAUCACGUGAUGGUACGGCUGAAAAAUGUUUGCCUUCAUUAGAUGAAGCACAAUCGGGUGCGUUUCUAUGUGCUGCUACUGUUACACAAUCAAAAGUUUACAUAGCAUAUGUUGGAACUAUUCGAAUGUUUCUCAUAUCGAAUAAUAAUGGUGAUUUACAGGUAUCAAAUAAUCGACCACAAUACUAUCAUACAGGUUCAUUACAUACAAUUGAUAAUGAGGAUGAAAGUCUUCGAUUAAAAAAACUUAAUGUUAAUCUUGCUCAAGUUCAAAAUGAAGGUUUGGAUAACAAUCAUUCUAAAUAUACACGAUGCAUUGGUAAAUUAACGGAAAAAUUACUUUCAUCAGCAGCAGCUGCUAACGAUGUUAAUGAAGCACGAUGUAAUGCACUUGUAUGUGAACCAAGAUUUGAAAAAUUUAAUAUUUCUCCUCAAGAUUAUGCCCUGGUUAUGAUGACAGAUAAACUCUAUCAAAUGUAUUUAAAAACAGGCAUUUCUGAAGAUAAAAUUCCAUCGAACUUCGUUGAUCUUCUUGGUAAAGCUUUGAAUUCAUCCAAUCCGGCUCAACGUAUUCUUAAUGAAAUCCAAGAGCAAUAUCAGAGGAACAAUGAUUCUACUGAUGAUGAAAGUCCUUUUCAAGAAAUGGGUUUACUCAUUCAUUUUUUUUAUCAUGCAAAAACAUCUAAUCAAUCGUCUCCAUUUUCUGUUAGACCUAAUACAACAAGGAUACUUGUUGAUGGUGAGAUUGCUAUUGAUGAAGUGAAAAAUUCUAUUAUAAAAAAUAAUGAAAUACAAGAAAAACGAGAAACAACUCGUAGCUUAUCAAGAUCUCAUGGACAUAUACGUGAAAUUCAGACACAUAAUAAAACAGUGGAACCGUUUGUUCGAUUUAAUGACUACGAACAACUAUUAAAUGAGAAAGAAGAAUUACGUCAAGCAGAUAAUUUCAUUACUGAUCUUCUUUAUUCUCAAUCGGCAUCUGCUAUGGAUGAGAAAUUAACUGAAUAUUUGAAAUUACAUUCAUCUUUAAAAUAUGAUUGA